AUGGCUCCACAGCCUAUUCUGCCCGGAGAUCAAGAUGCCAUUAUUCGUACAUUGAAUGAUGUUAAUCAAGGGGACGAAAGUAAGCUGAAAGCAGUGCAGGAUGCUUGGAAUAUGUUCGACGUGUUCAGUGUUACUCCAACUUUUGAUCAAUUUCUGGACAGUCUCAUGCGUGCGUUUAUGAAAUUAUUUAGUGAGACUGUCCCGCAGUUUAUCCAGGAGAACAACACACAGACGUUGCGAAAAGCAAUGUUAGAGAUGAUCCUCAGAACGUCGGCUUAUGAGCCCGUCAAACAGAUGUCCAAAGAGAUCCAAAAGCAAAUGAUGCGGAUAAUCGUACUGGAAAACGAAGAAAAUGCUAUUUUGGCUAUCAAAAUAUUAGUUGAUCAUAGCAAGAUUACUCGAACACAUCUCAUUCCGGAGGUUUCUGUUAUGCUUCAACAUUUUAAACAAUGGAUAAAGUGUAUGUGUAGUUGCCUUGUUAGACCACAUACAUUUGACACAAUAGAUCUUACUCAUCCUGCAGUGCAGCUUCCCGAAGAAACAGUGAUUGAAACGUAUCUUCAACAGUGUUACUACGUCCAGUCGGUUAUGCUGUACCCACCGAGUGGCGCAAUGGACGCUCCGAAAUAUACUCUGAUUCCUCGAGCUAGCCAAUCGCUGAAAACUUUUCAAGAGAUUCCAAUGCUGGUAAUAUUCUUGUACCAACAUCAUAAAGCAGGAGUUCAAGCAGAGGCUAUGGAGUUCCUCCUUUGUUGCCUCGAUUUUCUAAGUAUACAAAUAUCUAGCGAACAAAAAUCUGACGAAAAAUACAACAAAACCCUUGCGGAUGAGUUCUACACUGCUCAGUCGAAGAUGCUCGCUUACUUGAGCAUUAUGGGAAAAAUACGUGAGUUCAUGGAACAAAUUCUGGCAAAUGGUGAUAGAUUUAUCAACGGCGUUCUCAGCCUUCUGGAACAAUGUCCCGCUGAGCUGAUUGUUGUAAGGAAGGAUGUACUGAUCACUCUUAAAUUCUUCUUCAUUUCGGAUCUUCGUCCUAAGUUCAUUCAGCUUUUACCAAGGUUGUUAUCUGAAGUCGCUCUAAUAGGAUCUGGAUACACAGCAGUGGACCAUCUCAGAGGUUAUUUUUAUCAAACUAUGGCUGAUUUUCUGCACCAUGUACGUGCCUCUCUAUCGUUUGACAUGCUGGCGCACGUUGCAUUCGUUUUCUGCCGAGAAAUGCAUGAUAAUCUUUUGCCGUAUCAGAUACAAGUUAUCUGUGCAAGAAUGUUGAGCAGUGUAUUAGAAGGGUUGACUAAACAUGCUAAGGAUGGAGAAGCAACUCGUGAUCUGAUACUGAUGAUUUUGGAGAGCCUUGUUGUGAAGUUGAAAAUGAUCGCAGUUUACCAUCUUCCACUUCUAUUUAAGCAGCAUGGAGCAGACAUCAACUACGACUACAAAUCCUGUGAUCGAGACGGGGCGGACAAUGGGGAAGAUGAGAGAGCAUCAGAUGACGUCAUUCGUGAAGAAGUUCGUAGAUGUUCUAUUGACACCGCUCCAGAGAUGGAAAUUGGGCCUGCCGAUCUCCCGCAACCACCUGAACCGGCAAUACCUGUGCCGAAGGAAAGCGGACAUCGACAGUCGAGUCCAAGCACUAUCUUAACCCAGAUGUAUACUAUGAACGCUCCUCCGAUUCCCUUGACGGAAGCUAGGACAAUUGUGAAAUUCAUAUUGUUGGCAUGCAAGAUGGGAACAACCGCCCUCGCUGGUGCUAAUAGAAGUUCACAGUCACCACCUCUGGUUCGUGAGCGGGAUAUUUUCGAAAGAAUGUUCAAGUAUUGCGUCCAGUGUUUGGAUGUGUACAUGAUUCCAUAUCCGCAACCACCUUCUCGUGUACAACUACCAAAUAGUGUUCCUGGAGGUACUAGAUCAAAAGAAGAAAAGGAUGCAUUAGAUGCGCUGGCAUCUUUGUUCACAAUGCUGAAUUUGGAUGUUUUUGGAGAAAUUUUCACUAAGUAUAUGGAUUUCUUCGUUGUACGUAUGGCAAAAAACCUUCCCCUGCAACUGGCUUGUAAUGCAUUCUUGGUCCGUGCAGAUGUCUCGUUUAGAUUUGGUUGCAUAAUUGUCAAAUAUCUCAUGGAUCGACUGCCAUCUUUAGCAGUGAUGAACGACGUAUCGCAACUCUAUGUGAAGCUAUUCAAGAUAAUUUUCUCGGCAAUUGGCUGUCAAAAUUCUGCUAGUCCGGACGGAGAGAUUAUGUUAAAGCCAUAUUUGCCGGAGCUGAUUCGCAAAUCAAUGGAGUACGCCCUUUGUGCACGGGAUCCUAUUAAUUACUUCAUGCUUCUGCGAGCAUUAUUCAGAUCUAUUGGUGGCGGUUUACAUGACAUACUUUAUUCCCAGUUUCUACCUUUGUUACCUGACCUCAUGCUGUUUUUCAAUAAGUUGCAGUGGUGUGAUCAUCGCCAAAUGAUGCGAGAAUUGUUUGUUGAACUCUGUUUAACAGUGCCAGUGCGACUAUCUACCUUACUCCCACAUCUUCCUCUGCUUAUGGAGCCCCUCGUUUGCGCCCUCAACGGUGGUCCGAACCUCGUGCAGCAAGGAUUGCGAACCCUUGAAUUAUGCGUGGAUAAUCUGCAGCCAGACUUUUUGUUUGAUAAUUUUUCUCCUGUUCGUGGAGGAAUGAUGCAAGGCUUGUACAAAGUCGUUGGAAAAUCCGGUGAUCCUCUUUCCGUUGCAACGGCAGUGCGUGUACUAGGAAAAUUUGGUGGUGCUAAUCGAAACAUGUUCACGGAACCUCCGGUAAUCAUGAGUUUUCUUCUUUUUUCUUCCGGAUUUUCGUAA